AUGCUUACAUGUUUACUAUGGUUAGGUGGUAAUUUGCUUUAUGAUCCUGCCAGCGAUCAAGAAAUCUUAAUCUUUUGUUCUCAGACUCUCAGAAGUGAGGUGCAAUGGGAUUUUGAAGAACUUUAUUUUAAAGCUUUUCAUCCACUGCAGGAUUCACAAAAAUAUGCUUUUGUUCGGCUCGAAGACAAAGCUGGACAGUUGGAAACUAAUGCCAAAACAAUAAUGGAACAUACAGUUCAGCUCGAAGACAAAACUGCCACUGAGGCGGCGAUGCCUUAUUGGAAACUAAUGCCAAUACAAUAA